UCCCGCCGGGACGCUGGGAGCCGCCCCAAAGUACGCUAAGCCGCCCGGGAAAACAGUGAGUGAUUGAAAAUGAGCGAUUGAAUAAGCAUCUCACAUUAACUUUUGGAUCCACAUAAUGCAUAUACAUACUUCUAUACACUGCUGUUAUCUGCCAGAGCUGUGUUUUUAUACCACCGUGGAUUUUGGGACAUUGUGAUUACCCUGAAAGAUAACCUGUUCUCAUUUAAGGAAUUAUAACCCAUGGAAUUGUGUGGUAAAUAAUCUUGCCACUGGAGAGAAUUAAAGAAUGAUGGCUUCCUUCCAACGCUCCAAUAGUCAUGACAAAGUGAGGAGAAUUGUUGCUGAAGAGGGUCGUACAGCAAGAAACCUGAUAGCUUGGAGUGUUCCACUAGAAAGCAAAGAUGAUGAUGGAAAACCUAAAUGUCAAACUGGUGGAAAAUCUAAGAGGACAAUUCAAGGCACUCAUAAAACCACUAAACAGAAUACUUCAGUAGAAUGUAAAAUAACAUCCACAACUGGAGAGAAACAUUUUGAUAAAAGUCCGACAAAAACAAGGCACCCACGGAAAAUUGACCUAAGAGCUCGCUACUGGGCAUUUCUUUUUGACAAUCUUCGCCGGGCAGUAGAUGAAAUCUAUGUGACUUGUGAAUCAGAUCAGAGUGUGGUGGAAUGUAAGGAGGUGCUAAUGAUGCUGGAUUACUAUGUGAGAGAUUUUAAAGCAUUGAUUGACUGGAUUCAACUUCAGGAAAAGUUAGAGAAGACAGAUGCUCAAAGCAGACCAACCUCACUGGCGUGGGAAGUAAAGAAGAUGUCUCCAGGACGUCAUGUGAUCCAAAGCCCAUCAGCAGAUAGAAUGAAUGUAACAUCAACUGCAAGAAGAAGCUUAAACUUUGGGAAUUUACCUGGUGCAGUAACUGCCCCAUGUCUGGCUCCCACAGGUGUCAGUUGGGCUGACAAGGUAAAGGCGCAUCACACUGGUUCUUCCACUUCUGAGGUAACGCCUGCUCAGCCCUGUGCACCAAUGGCAGUGCAAAAGACUUCCCGGAAAAAUGGCAAGUGAUUUUUGAGUUACACUUUUUAAGUUUUUUACUUAUUCAUGUUUUAGCUGCCUGUAGUUAGAAAGGAAUGUUGUGCAUUUUAAAACUUGGGCCUUCUGAGUAAU